GGAAUGGGUGGAGCAGAUGCAACAGGAGCUGGUCACACUGACGGACACAGCCAGCGGAGUGCAGAACCUCAUACAGAUCUUCCAGAGCCACAGGAAGUACUUCAGUGUGGGGUCCAACGAUGCCAGCCAGCUGGUGGCUAAUGCAGCAGGGAACAUUGAGAAUCUCCUGGCCAACCGUUCUCGUGCUCUCAAGACCCUGGCAUCUGCUGCAGAGGAUUUUCAGAUGUGGCAUCGGUGGAAGAAUGAUCCUGAGCCUGACGACAUCCAUUACUACUAUGCCAAAGAAAACCUGGACUCAAAUGAUACAGAGGUCAAGAAGGCAAACCGGCUUUAUCCAGAGUUUAAGGAAGACGAGCAAUUUAGACGCCUCAUCUCCUACAACACCACAGCAGUCCACAUACCCACGGACAUAUACGAGGGCUCCACCAUUGUACUGAAUGAGCUGAACUGGACAGAUGCAUUAGAGGCCGUGUUUAGGAAGAACAAGGAAGAGGAUCCUACUCUACUGUGGCAGGUGUUUGGCAGCGCCACCGGAUUGGCUCGCUACUUCCCAGCAUCCCCUUGGAUGGACUCGCGAAAAACGCCCAAUAAGAUCGACCUCUACGACGUCCGGCGGCGACCGUGGUACAUCCAGGGGGCAGCGUCUCCCAAGGACAUGCUGAUCCUAGUGGAUGCGAGUGGCAGUGUCUCUGGUCUCACCCUCAAGCUAAUCCACACCUCUGUCAACGAGAUGCUGGAGACCCUGUCUGACGAUGACUACGUCAAUGUGGUCUAUUUCAAUGAUAAAGCGAUGAAGGCAGCGUGCUUUCAGAACCUGGUCCAGGCCAACGUGAGGAACAAGAGGUUUCUGAAGGAUGCUGUGCGGAACAUCUCAGCCAAGGGCAUCACCAACUAUAAAGGCGGCUUCGAGUUGGCCUUCGAGCAGCUCUCAUCGUUGAACGUGACCCAGGGCAGGGCGUUGUGUAACAAGAUCAUCAUGCUGUUCACUGACGGAGGAGAGGAGAGGGCCCAGGAGAUCUUCCAGAAGUAUAACGCUGACAAAAAGGUGCGGAUAUUCACGUUCUCAGUGGGCCAACACAACUAUGACAAAGGACCAAUCCAGUGGAUGGCCUGCACCAACAAAGGGUACUAUUAUGAAAUCCCCUCCAUCGGCGCUAUCAGGAUCAACACUCAGGAGUAUCUGGAUGUACUGGGAAGGCCCAUGGUCAAAGCAAACAACAAGGCCAAGCAGGUUCAAUGGACCAACGUUUACCAGGACGCGCUGGAGCUGGGUCUGGUGAUCACAGGAACACUUCCAGUCUUCAACAAGACCAACACCAAAGCUGACAAAGAGAGGGGACUACAGAGGCCCCAAAACCAGCUGAUCCUGGGAGUGAUGGCUAUCGAUGUGUCUCUGGACGACAUCAAAAGAUUAACACCGAGAUUUACAUUUGGACCAAAUGGUUAUUACUUUGCCAUUGACCCCAACGGUUACGUCUUGCUGCAUCCCAACCUCUGCCCAAAGAAUCCUAAAUUUCAGGAGCCUGUAACUCUGGACUUCCUGGACGCUGAGCUGGAGGAUGAGAUUAAAGUAGAGAUAAGAACGAACAUGAUUCAUGGAGAAACCGGCCACCGCACCGUACACACACUAGUGAAGUCCCAGGAUGAGCGGUACAUAGACCGAAGCGAAAGAUCCUACACAUAUGCCCCUGUAAAGGGUACAGAUUACAGUCUAGCCUUGGUCCUUCCAGUGUACAGCCUGCAUUACAUCCACACUACUAUCGGAGACACCAUCACCCAGGCCAAAUUGGAAUUGGGGGACGAGGUCUCUGAAAGCCUGCAGGAAGACAAGUUUGAGGAGUAUGGAUACACUCUCAUUGCACCAAGGGAGUACUGUAAGGAUCUGAAGCCGUCUAAAAACAACACAGAGUUCCUGAUGGACUUCAACGAGUACAUCGACAGGAAGACUCCCAACAACCCACUGUGCAACGUGGAUCUGGUGAACAGAUUAUUGCUGGACGCUGGCAUCACAUCAGACCUCGUUAAGCAGUGGAGAGAUCAGAUGCCAAAUGGAGUCCUGGCCAGGUUUGUGGCCACUGAUGGAGGAAUCACUCGCAUUUAUCCCAAGAGUGCUGGACUAGACUGGACAGAGGACCCAGAGACGUACGAGUCAAGCUUCUAUAAGAGAAGUCUGGACAAUGACAUCUACAUCUUCACACCAACACCCUACCAGGAGGACACCAACAUGACUGAGGACUCAGUCCUGGUGAGCAGAGCAGUGAACCUGGACAUUGAUGGAGUCAGACUCAAACCAGCAGUUGUGGGAGUGAAACUGGACAUCAAUACCUGGAUGACCAACUUCAUCAAUGCAACUCUGAAGAUGAACUGUAAGGACGAGAUCUGUGGUUGUCAGAGGAAUGAUGAGCAUGUGGACUGUGUCAUCCUGGAUGAUGGGGGAUUCCUAGUCAUGGCCAAUCGGGAUGAAUACAUCGGUCAGAUCGGCCAGUUCUUCGGGAUGAUCGACCCUAUCCUCAUGGUCAACCUGGUCAACAUGUCUCUGUUCACGCUCAACAAGACAUACGACUACCAGUCGGUCUGCGACCCCAAGAGGGAGAGUAAGGGGUCCGCGGCGGGCCUGCGCUCAGUCUACGUGCCCACCAUAGCAGACAUUUUGAACGUUGGAUGGUUAGCAUCAGCAGCAGCCUGGUCGAUACUACAGCAAUUAUUGGUUAGCAUAGCAUUCCCUAAUUUCCUGCACGCAGCAGACACUGAUGACGAAAUACCUGACAUGUCCAAGGAGAGCUGUAUCACGGAGCAGACUCAAUACUUCUAUGACAACGAGGAAAAGUCCUUCAGAGGAACACUAGACUGUGAAAACUGCUCCAGGAUGUUCCAUGCUGAGAAGCUGUGGAAGACAAACCUGGUGUUCGUCAUCGCCGACGCCAAGCUCACCUGCAUGUCAUGUGACCACAAGCCCUUAAUACAGGCCGAGCAGCCUUCUGAGGGACCAGACCCAUGUGAAAUGGCUGAGAAACCAAGGUUCCGAAAAGGUCCAGAUGCCUGUUUCGACAACAACGAGAGGGAGGAGGACUUUGACUGUGGUGGGGCGUCCGCUCUGAGCCCGUCCCUGUUGGCCAUGGUGGCGCUGCAGCUGGCCCUGCUCUGGCUCCUGGCCGGCUCAACUCACCACGCCGUCCCCUCGUGACCUCUGAAGACAUCGGUUGGCCCCGGCAACCAGCAUGCAACGCCGCCUCAAAACGCCGAACGCUAAAACGCUAAAACAUCUGAAACCACUUCCUGACAGAUCUUCCUUUGGGAUAUUUGCGUUUUUCAAGGGUUUCGUUACAUUUCGUCACCCAGGGGUGGGAGAAAGUGAGGAAAGUUAACAUCGGCGGGAUGUAAAAACAAUUCUAAGCGAGAACUUUCAUCCCUGACCCCUGACCCCUGACUUUUCCCCUCCAGCCAUCUGAGCUUCCAGCCAUCUGAGUUUAGGGAGAUCGAGGUGAUUGAGUGGUGAGCUUUGACCUUUGUUUGGCUCGACGAUGACAACCCUGCGAAUGCUACAGGUUGGACUGCCUUACAGUGCCAGGGGGAAAGUGAAAGGACUGCCUCUUCCUUUUGGGUUCCUUUUAGGUUUUUGUGGUUUUUGUGAUGUUCUAAAAGAGAUCCCCGUUGAUUUUUAUUCAAUACUGCCAGAAACAGUGCUGCCCUUCUCAACAGUCCCGUUGUGUUUGUCACAACGUUAUUUAUUUAUUUCUAAACGUUUUGCAGUGGCUUGUUACUCAGUAUUGAAAUGUGUGUUUGUUUUGUUCACGUUGCAAUAAGUUGUUUAAUAGGAAGUCAGAAAUCAGAAUGUUUUUUAUUUUACACUGGGCUGCUGUUGGCAUUAUUCUGUUCGUUUCAACUCCCAUUUAAAAGUAGCAACACAUUUACAUUCACACUGCUGUCCUUGUAUAGAUGUGGUGUACAACGAUCAUAUUCAUUCACAUACAUGUGGUCACAUAUGAACCCUUUUGCCCCCACUCACUGUCCCCUGUUUGAAGUGAUGGAUCCCUUUCUGUUUGCGGUCAACCACUUCUCCCUCAACCUUGACCACAAAUGGUCAAUGUCGGGUCCUACCAUCUUGGUAUCUGGUCCCUCUGAACUAACCAUCAUUGCCAAAGUGCAAUUGACCAAUCAGGGCACCCCGGCUGGCCUCGAGUGCGCUCAUUGGUCUAAUCUCUAGUGCCAUGUUGAUUCUUAGUCAGACAAACCCUUUAGCUUUAUUUAUUUGACUGUGUAGCUACUGACCUGAAGGAAACUUGAUGUGUUUGGUAUUUAUUUGAAUAUUUAAGUUUGUUUUUGUUUUUUAUUAGAAUGAAGGGCAUAGCUGCAUGCUAGUGUGUAAUGUUGACUUUAAUGCCAUUAUUUUUUGAUUGAUUUCAAUGCGUCAAUGCAAUGGAUAUAAAAUGAAGAGAAAGAGUAGGGGGGGGAUGGAGGAAAUGUAGACUUGGUACAUGACAGUUUAUUUGUGCUUUCUCAUGUAUCACUUCUUGAUUUGAGUAUCGUUGAAUACGUGACCUGCAACUACAAGGAUCUGUCUUUCUCACAAUGUUCUGCACGCUAUUGAAGAGAACAUUUCCCCAAAUCAAAAACAAUUCCACCUCGUUGCAAAGUGAAUUUCCCCCUUAAAACGUAAAUUGCUUUAAGACCUAUUGGAAAUGUCUAUCAAUACACUCCAAUCUAAAUUCAUUCAUAUCAGUGUGGAUAUCAGUCCUGUUGUACUUUCUUAGUUUUUGUGUGUCUUGUGGUUCUGGUACUUUAAUAACUUUAUGAAUUAGAGAUUCAAGACAGAUUGACAAUAGGAUACUGUCUUUCUGAGUGUACUAUACUAUGGUAUAUACUACUAUGUAUAUACUAUACUAUGGUAUACACCUGCUAACUCAUUUCCCCACAAGAACAGCUACCAACAUACUACAUGAGAAAUAACAGAAAUGUGCCUCAUUUUAUUCAGGACCAAAUCUGGACCCGUCAAUCAUCCUAGCCAAAUGAUUAUGCAGUGGAAUAACUUUGAGUGAAAGAGACAUAAGGUUAAGUUUCUUUAUUCAACGUUGUAGAAAAACGGUUUUAUUAAAACGCGGUUUUAUUAUCAUGUCAGAAUAUCAACAAUUCCUCUCUAAAUUGAUUGGAUUCGUUUCAUUUCUGAACAUGGUUCAAAAGAGGGACAUGGUAGAUAUGCUUUAAAAAACGUUUUUUUCUUUGUGAUGCAAUUCAGCUUGUUCAACUGGGACAUGAUCUGAUGGUCGAUUUAGUGUUACUGAUCUGUUGUAGAGCAAAUAUAGAGGAGUUCCUGGCACUGAAUUGACCUCUUAAGCACUAAACAAGAUCAUUUCAGACAAUCAAUUCGGUAACAAUUGACAAUCAUAGUUUCCGAUAACUUGCUUAUUAAGACUAGUAUUAGUAAUACUUCAUUGAAUUAAUUGCUGUAAAUGAAAAUGCAAACAACUGCCAAAACAGGGACUUUAAAGAAGCCUUGGGGUCAGAAACAUUCACACAUAGUUUCCUUUGAAAACAGAGGCAUAUGGACUCAGAAACCACAUAGUCAAUUGAGUGUAGAGUUGGGAAACUACAUGAUUACGCUGUGUGGUCUCUAGUGCUAUUCAAAUACUUCUCCCACACCUCAUUAUCAUUGCUUAAAUUAGAAUUACAAAGCCUUCUUACGUCAACCAGAAUAAAAUCCAUCUGGACUUUUUCCAUUUCUCUGAAACACUGAAGAGGAAAGGGAUUUUUGUUAUGAUCCCAGUCUUAAGCUAUGAUUAUUUGACAAUAGGUUAUGUGGCGAAACUCGAGCACCAUCACCAAAGGCGGACUGCUGUCAUGUGAGGUGACAUUUUUUUAUUUUAUUUUUAUUUUACCUUUAUUUAACCAGGCAAGUCAGUUAAGAACACAUUCUUAUUUUCAAUGACGGCCUGGGAACAGUGGGUUAACUGCCUGUUCAGGGGCAGAACGACAGAUUUGUACCUUGUCAGCUCGGGGGUUUGAACUCGCAACCUUCCGGUUACUAGUCCAACGCUCUAACCACUAGGGUCCCGUAUUGGUUGUUUCAAUGUUCUGUGGGGAAACUAACUAACAUCCUGCAUUUAAGACCCUCAAUAUCUAAGAACAUUCAAGAAUAUCAAGUGCCAUAGGACUCUCUUUCUCUGUUUACCGGGAAACCUAUUACUAACGUUUAUGCAACGUUUAGAAUUGAAUAAGUGCAAAUCUCAUCUAUUUUCCCUGUGUUGCAUGAUAAUGCCAUGAUACUGUAUCAGUGGCAGGCAAUGAGAUAAAGUACCCUCUUUCUUCUCCUGCUUUGGUGUGUAUUGUUGGGAUGGGAAGCAUAAUACUGUGGGUUUGUUGGGUGUUUGUUUAUGAUAUGAUAACGAUAUAGCUUCUACUGCCUUUCUCUUGAGGAGACAGCAUUUGGUACCGCCCUGAUCUGAGUGAGCGCAGUGGCCUAGCGGUUAGAGCGUUGGGCCAGUAACCGAGAUGUCACUGGUUCGAAUGCACGAGCCGACAAGGUCAAUUUGCCCUUGAGCAAGGCACUUAACCUUAAUUUGCUCCAGGGGUGCUGUAUGGCUGACCCUGUAAAACAACACAAUUCACUGCACCUCUCCGGUGUAUGUGACAAUACAUAUAUUUUCCUCUGUCACAGGUUGUCACAUUCAAGACCAGACUAGACCCUUGGGAACUGGUGUCUGGUUAUGUCAUGCCACUCUAAGGGCUAAAAUCAGAUGCUGUCACCUCAGGAAUAACAUAUUAGCAGAGUGGUUGGAAGUGUUUUUUGAUGCUGUGGUGCUCUCUGUGUGGAUUGUGUGGGUUAUGCUUUUUCUGGACACUUUUUUGUUAUCAUGAACUCUCAGUGUGUUUUAAGGGGAGUGUUCCAUGCCUGCCACACUAUGUCAGGCUAUUGGUGGGACCGCCCCCCAAUCUUUCUCUGCCAGCGUUUUCAUGGCAGACCAUUGGUGGACAUGUCCACUAAUCUCCCCUUGUCAGCCUCCCUUUUGACGGGCCAUUGGUGGGCCUCCGCGUCAAUCUCCCUUGAUUGUGUUUUUAAGAUGUUACACUUUUGUGGAACUUGAUUCACCUGAAUCAGUCAUGUAUAAAUUUGUACGAUACUGUUAUUAUUCUCGGACGAAAGAUAGAAAAUAGUCAUGUUUAUAAUCCUGGAAAAUGCUUAUUCAUGUGCAAAUACAGUAUAUUCAGAAUAAAACCUUCUCAUUAGCUAUUGAA